GUGAGUCAGUAUGUCACACCACUAGCACAGUUACAAGAUGGCGAACGUUCGGGAUAGUGACACAUCUUUGUGGCUCCAUAAUAAACUCGGUACUUCGAACGAUUCAUGGACAAGUGGUUCAAUUUGUACACAGUUAAACGCCGAAGUUCUGAAAAAUAUCAAGGAUUGUUUUCCGGAUUUACAAACUCAAGUUAAACUAAAAUUAUUGUUAAGUUUCUUUCAUAUCCCGCGCAGAAAUGUUGAAGAGUGGAGAAAUGAACUGGAAGAGAUCAUUGAAGUGGCCGCAGUUGACUCAGACUUGUGGGUGGCGAUGCUCGCGGAGGUCCUCAAAACAUUUCCCUCUGCGGGCACUCUCAACACCGAGAUAGCAGAGUUUGACGAGACCCGCCCAAUAUUCAGUGAUAUGAUUGGAGAACUGAGGCGGGCGCUUGCCAAACAUUCAGACCUAGGAUUAUUACCUCUCGAGUGCCUAUAUUUAAAUAAGAAUGCUUUAGUAUCUGUGGUAGGCCAACAAGCAAAUCCAGUGAAACACUUCACGCUAAAACGUAAACCGAAGUCGGUAGCACUUCGUAGUGAACUCCUAGCCAAAGCUACUGAAGUGCAAGCCAAUCAGAAGAAGGCGCAGGCGCCCACAGUUCCUGUCCGAAGCAGGGGGAUGCCACGCAAGAUGACCGACACAACGCCGCUAAAGGGUUUGCCGUCGCGGUGGGCGGGCCGCAGUGGCCGCGCUCUGCCGCCGCUACCGCCGCUCCCGCCGCUGCCGCUGCGGGCGCCGCCGCGCGCCGGCAUCAAGCUAUUGGACAUCACCGAGCAACCUGCCACGCAUGCACAGAUCAAGAAGCGGAGAAAGCUCGAAAUGGAAGAAGGAUCAAAGAAACCGCCGGCAGCGGCUCCCCCCUCCCCGCCGCCCGAUUUCGCCAAAGGGACCUUCACGGCACCCAAGCAGGAGGAGCAGCCAGCGACGAGUGCGACGGAGAGCCCGCCGCCGCCGGCCGCCGCGGAGGCGGCGCCAGAGCCCGAGCCGCGGCCGCAGCCCGUCGUCACCAGCCCCAUACUGGUACAACAGAGCACGGGCGCGAAGCCGCUAGUGAUUGGCCAGCAGCCGAAACUGUUGAUCGCGGGGCAAGCGGGUGGCAAGCCCGUGCUGCUGUCGGCGCAGAACCUUCUAAACACCUCCGCGGUCAUCCUGCAGCCCGGCGGGAAGGCCGUGCUACUGCAGAACAUCAAGCCGGUGAGCCAGUCAGUGGUGCAACAGACGCGGCCACAGAUGCCGAGCCUGCAGCCCACGCAGCCCGCGCAGACCGCCCAGCAGCCGCCGCUACUGCACCACCAGCCGCAGACGGUACAAAUAUCACAACCGGUUCAGCAAAGUCAAGCAGUACAGCAAGCGGCGGGCGUGCAGCAGGUGCAGGCGGUGCAAGCGGUGCAGCCGGCGCAGGCCGUGCAGGCGCCGCAGACGGCCGCGCCGCAGCCUGCGCCGCUGCUGCCGCGUAGGGGACUCUCGCUCACGCGUGAACAAAUGUUGGAAGCGCAAGACAUGUUCCGGAACGCAAACCGAGUGACGCGGCCCGAGAAGGCCCUCAUACUCGGCUUCAUGGCUGGCUCGAGAGAUAACCCCUGUCCGAAUCUCGGCAAUAUAGUAACAAUAAAAUUAUCAGAGAACAUCGAAAACGUAUUACAAUCUGACGACACGUACCUAACGAUGCUGUCAGAGAUGCACUUCCAAAUGAACUACAACAAUGGCCAAUGGACGAGACUGAAGAAGUACCGUCAUAUAGACGGCAUGGUCCCGCAGAAGAUACCUCCUGGCUCCACGGUGAUAUCCGCCAAUAACCAACAACCCGUUGUAUCGAUAGCGAACCAGAGCGUCAGUUAAGGUCUGUUGUACUUUAGGUUUUUUCGUGUAUCGCUGAAGUGUAUGAGUGGUUGUAUAACUCAUUGCCUCAUAUUUAUGUAUACAAAUCUACCUGCUAUAAGGGAUGGAUGUGAAAUCCUCGAGUAUGUGUUUUAUAAUUAAUUUCUAAGCUUUAAUAAGUACAUUCGAAGAAGUUAAUUAUGAAAUAUAUAAUUAAGUAGUAUAUUGCUCACACCUGCCAUUUUGGAUUGCCGUAUAACUCAAAACUAUAAUACAGUGUGUUACGAAAAUCUAGCAUCGACCGUCUGAGGAUCAUCUGAUAUUUAGAAAAAUCUGUUUCCUAAGUUGCCUCCAGCGAAAUAUCAUUACGUAAUAUUAAGCAUUGUUUGCGUAUCAUCUGGGAUCAUUAGUAAUCCACGGUUGAGUAAAUUUAAAAAGACCAAGUGAUCUAAAUUUAGAAAACUAAGUAUUUUGAAUUUGGAAUACCAAAUAUUCUAAUUUUAGUAAACCAAGUAAUCUGAAUUUAGAAAACCAAUUAUUCUAAAUUUAGUAAACCAAGUAGUCUGAAUUUAGAAAACCAAUUAUUCUAAAUUUAGUAAACCAAGUAGUCUGAAUUUAGAAAUUCUAGUAUUCUAAAUUUAGAAAACCAAGUAGUCUGAAUUUAGAAAUCCUAGUAUUCUAAAUUUAGAAAACCAAGUAUUCUGAGUUUAGAUAACCAAGUAGUCUGAAUUUAGAUAACCAAGUAGUCUGAAUUUAGAAAACCAAGUAUUCUGAAUUUAAAUAACCAAGUUGUCUGUAUAUAGAAAACCACAUAUUCUAAAUUUAGAAAACUAAGUAUACUAAAUUAGAAAACCAAAUAUUCUAAAUAUAGGAAACUUAGUAUUCUGAAUUUAGUGAACUAUGUAAAAUUGACCCAAGACCUGUUUUUAGCUCAGAUGUUUCAUGUUUGAUUUAUCACAAUACAAGGUAUCUAAUUUGAAGACAAGGCAUUUGGCAUAUUAUGAUACAUGCAUACACAUCCCUUAUGUACCUAAGGUAUAUAGAUUAAUAUGGAGUCUAUUUAAAAACAUGAAAAUACUAAAUACAACCAUUGACUGACAUCAGUGCUAUACUAUAUUUUAUAUUGCGAUUUCAUAUUGUGGACGAGUGAUUAAAGUCCUGAAGUUUGAAUGUGUUCGUUUUGUUGUUUUGCAAAAGAUCAGUGGAACAAGUUUAGAGACACUUCCAAAAAUAGAGACACGAACAAACUUAUGUUUGUUGUUUUGAAGAGGUUUUUCUUUCACGUGUGAAUGGACAAGAAUUUCUAAUGUUGAAAAGAUCAAAUGUAUUUGUACAAAUACAACCUAUCAAAUAUUAUAUUCCUGAUAUGAACCACAUGGUUGGAAGAGCAUCUACAGCUGUUAACCUUAUGAUUUGCAACUGUCUAUUGAAAUUGUCAAUCCGUUUCCUUUUAAACGUUUAUGGUAGUGUUUGUAAAUUUAGUCAAAUUAGAAACACUUUAAGUUGUCAUUGAACCAAACUGCAAUAUGGAGUCGCAAUUUUGUAAUAUAUUCAUAUAGUUAAGUACUGUUAUAAUAUUAUAAAUAAAAUUUUAUUAGUAAGAAAUAGAAGUUAAAACACUUAUAUAUUUUUCGUUAAACUCAAUAAUAAAUUAUUAACUAAGUCAAUUUUGUACACCGCUGUCCUAUUACAUUAUAGAAUAAGUAAUAAAAACAGAGAAAACAUGUAGCGCAGUGUAGUGUCCAAAAGUGAUUUAUCUGCGAGUAGUUUAAUUAAACGGAAUUGUAUUCAUAAUUCUAAAUCGAAAAAAAGGAAUCAACCAGAGCAAUGCAGCAGAUUCAAUUCCGUUUGAUUUUACCAAAUCAAUUGCUUUUGAACAUAAUGGCUCACAAAAUAUAGGUAAAACUUACUGAACGAAGGAUUUUGACUAGUGUUUAUUAAGGCUUUUGUUAUUUUAACUUGUAGUGCUUGUAAAAGCACUGGGUUAUAGUAUAAAUAUAUAUUCAAUUAAGCUAUUAACAAGUUAACUCUACUUAUAACUUGCUAUGUUUUUUAUAAGUAUUUUUCAUCUGAUUUAGUUUUUAUUUAAAAAAAUUGUGUGUUAAAUAAGUGUCAUACGUCUAAGUAAUUUGGUAUGUUGAAUAACAUAAAAGAAAUAGUUAAUUUUUUCUUGUCUCCUAUUUAUUACUACCAUGUUGGCCAGGCGGCUCGGUAUAGAGUUUUCUUUCUCUUACACUAUUUUUUAAAUUAAGUCUGUUUUUUUAUUGCAUUCUAAUCAUUUAUUAUAUAAAAGGAACGAUACUUGUAAAACUUAUUAAUAUAAUUAAAAUAUAAAAAAGGAUGUCGGUAGACGAGAGGUGUUUAAGAAAAAUUUAUACGAGUGGCCUUAAUAAGAGCAAUAGAAACCAAAAGAAAUUUUUUUAGAAAUGUUGUUUGUUGUAUGUUUAUUUUGACAUCAAGCAAAAACUAUUGAAUCAAAUUGAAUGCGGUUUUGCUGAAGUGUGUACCUGAAGGUCUAACUUAAAAACUGGUGUAUGUUUUAUCUUAAUAUUCCAUCUAGAAGUAAUCCAUUGGUUUUCCUACUUCUGAAAUCUACACGUACGAAGUAUUGAGGAAAAGCUAGGUUAUAAUAAAACCAGUCUACAGAAUUAAUCCCCACUAUUCGUACAGUGUACAUAUCUAUACAGAGUAAUUUGUCCCGAAAUAUCAUGUUAUCGUCCGGGACAUGCCGAAGGUAUUAGGCCACUGGUUGUUCCUUACGAAGUCAAUAUACAGUAAAAAAAAAUUGAAAUUAUCGUAAUAAUUUCAAAUUUUUAUUAAUUUUCUCUAUCUCCAUAUUUAAAUGGUUAAAAUUUUCGCCAUUUUCUCUACUAACGGUAUUGUGGUUUCUAAAAAAAAAUUGUUUAUAAUUAAUAUUCUCAUUUUAUUUUUCUGAGCGUAUGACACUUAUUAAUUUUAAAAUAUUUUAAAUAAUAUACGACCGAUAGUGUCUUUAAAGGCUAAGAAUUUUAUAAAGUGAUCUCACUGUAGGUGAAUGAAGAUUUUUACUAAUUCAGUAUGUUUUCUAGUGCCAAAAUAAUUUGAAUUAAAACUUGAUUCGCUUCAAAUAUUAUAUUUAUAUUAUAGUCAGUAUCAAAAGUCGUACGCAAAGAGAUUUCCAAAAUACAUAAACAUAUUGCCUACGUAAAUAGCUGUAGUAUUCUAGAGGAAUGGAAUAAAUCACUCGUCAAUUUCACAUGUGAAAUGAAAAAUGAUACAUAAAAUCAUUCCUCACUCCUGCUAUGCCCCUUCAUAAAGACUGCUACAAAAUGACACUUAGAAAAUAUGCAGGCUAUCAAGGUGUUCGGAUUUAUUCGUGACUCAUCGGCUGUAAUCGUCGUAUUUAAGAUUAUUUUCCAGAGGGCCCUGGUCUUUUAGAAAAGACGCAUAUGUAUUCUUGGACAUGUCUAUGCUAAUCUCUGCUCGAAUCUUAAUCAAUUCUGGGAUGGGCGCAGAGCAUCUUUUCUUUCUCAUCUUCCUUAAUACUCCACUUGAAAUAACUAAUAGUUAUUACAUUAGGUCAUUAUGAGCGAAAAUCACUCUUAUCACUUGUCAUAUCACAGUCGUUACAAAAAAUAAUAUCACUGUGAAAUUAAAAAUAGCAAUUAUUUUUAAGUUUAAUGGCGAGCACCCAACAUAAUAAUCUUAAUGUGUUCAUCGACUUUUGAUGCUGACUGUACCUGUAGUGCAAGUUGUUUUUACUCGACUUCCAAAGAAAGGAGGGUAAUGUGUUAUACGGGUGCAUGUAGGUAUGUACGGAUUUUUGGCGCAAUAUGUAACAUAAACUGCAUGAUAAAUAGGUCUUAAUUGUGAGAGCGUUAAGUACUACACGACGAUGGUAUAAAAUAAAUAUGGCGGCCAUAAUAAAAUAUCAAAAAUGUGAAUAUUUCAAAUACAUUGUUUACACAUAUUAGUUACAUUUGUUUUACUGUUGGACAAGAACCUCCAUUGUUUAAAUUAUAAUAACUGUACUGGUUAUGUACUAAUGUAUGUUUAUCAUUAACCCCUUGACCACCACUUGGCAUAUACUGUGAUACCUAAUACUACAUACAUUAAUUUAUUUGCGUAUUGUGGUAGUAAUGAUGAUAUUCAAUGAUGGAGGAUUGCCUACAGUGGAAUUAAAUAGGCUAUUUUUAUAUAGUAUUUGCCUUAUUGUCAGUACUUCGAAUUGAUAGCAUGUUAUAUACAUAUUACAUAUAUAUUUUCAACCCAGAAAACCCAAUUGUAUUUAAGGUACGACAUAUUACGUUUUUACUUUUUCGUGUCUAAUGACACCGAGCAUCGUGAUGCAUUUACAAUGCAAUCAAAAUAUGAACAGGUCCUCUCGACAAGUGGCAAGCCAAUUCGCCAAUGGAAUCGACAUCGCUAGCGAGUCCGUGAGUUGGAAUGAGACAUCAGGUGUUGCUAUCUCAUUCUAUCUAACGGACUUGCUACCGAUUUCGAUUCCAUCAACGAAUUCGCUUGUCACUAGUCUAGAGUGCCAGAUCUGUCGCUCUGUCAAUUUAUUUACUUGUAUAAAAAUCAAAUGCUAUUCGUUAACUUCGCUAAAACUAAAAAACGGCUUGACCGAUUUGAAUAUUUCUUUUUUUGUUUUGUUCUACAUAUAUUGCUUUCUUAUUAACUGUGUUUUUCUUAUUUUUUUUCCAAUAGACUACAGCAUGGGGUUCUUAAAAAAAGGGAGAACUUCAGUAAUAUCCCUGGUAUUGGCUUUCAUAGGUUACUGUAACCGCAUACCAUCAGGUGGGCCGUAUGUUCGUUUACCACCUCAGUGGUAUAAAAAAAAAUUCUCGUUGAAAACUAAUGCUAGUCGUACAUAGUUUUUAUUUUAAUUGCAUUGUAAAAUGAACUUAGUGGCUGUAUGGUAUUUUUGUAUGAAAAAUUGCAAGAUGAGUUAUCUUUGAGUCACCGUUUCAUGUUGGUGUUAUUUCAUGUUUAUUAAUCUAAGCUUUUGGUGUAGAUGUGAACGUUUUGAUUGAAAAAAACAAAUGACCAAUAGUGUGUAUAAUAACUUAGACAUUCUUAAUUUUACUUUCUGCUUGUAUGGUAGUAUUGUAUUUUUGGUAGAAUUUGUCGAAGUAAUAUCGAUUACAUUGAUAGUGGCAUGAUAUUUAGAAUUGUUUAAAGUGCGAUUAUAAUACACUAUAAUUUGUUUCGUUAGUAAAUCUUUUUAACCAAUUAGUCAUUUAAAAAUGCAAUAGACACAAAAAUAAUGGCAAUUUUUGCCCGAUCUGGGGGCGCUAAAUAAUGAUCAAAAAUAAUAAAUAACCGACUUUAAAAAUUUGCUUGGGACCAGCCUGAAUGUAACCUUUUAAAUAUAUAUAUAAAAAAAAAACAACAACAAGCAAAUCGGCUAUGAAAUCUCGGAGAAAUGCGUGUACCUACUAAAAAUUAGUAUUUUAAAAAAAAACUUGUAUAAUUCCUAAUUUUUUUUUUUUUUUUUUUGUAUAUUCUAUGUAGUCCAAUAAGCUGUUUUUUCUGUGUAUAUAAGUUUUGCAAUAGGAGAAUGGAAAGAAAAUGUUCUUUUUGUGUGUCUUAAGUUUUAAAGCGAGAUAAUUAAAUCUGCAUUUUUGUUGAAAAUUGUUUAAUAUUAUAGAAUAGAUAUAAAAAAAAGUAUAGAAAUGUUUUAAAUAUACGUACGUAUAAAUAUAUACGUGUACAUACAUGUUGAGUUUUGUAUGAUUCUCUUUUAUUGGCGAACUGAAUGUUUUUAGAAAUACACCCAAAAAAAAAAUUGUAUAUUUUACUUUACAUUUUAUUUAAUUUAAUUCCCAAAUUUCCUCUUUCAGUAAUAAAUGUUUUGUAUCGUAAAGGUCUGUGCACACGGGAGAGAACAAAAUUCCAAAUUUACUGCGGAUUUGUGUGCGUAAUUUAAUGAAAUUGUGUAUGCUCAACUUUUAUUGACAAAAAUUACUCUGUUUAUUCUCUCGGCUGCGCAAACCGCAAGUCAUAUGUUUUCAAUACCAUCCUUAUACAUUCGGGAGGCUUAAAAUCUACAGGGUGAAAUAAAAGAACCUCCCGGUAGCUUAGAAGAUAAAGUUCUGUUUAUUUGAUGGUUAAAAAUUUUGUUAAGUACACAUUAUAUUUUAAUAUAGUAACUACCAGUUUAACUAACGUACAUUUUAGCCGAGAAAGCUUGAUUAGUUAAUAGGGACCAUCCGCGACCCUUAGUCAUGAGCGCCUGUGACACAAGCCCGAACCUCGGUUUGCUGAAUACACGUAAGUUAAACCCGUAGUUAUUACAUUAAAAUAUCUAUUCAUUGUUUAAAAUUAAGUCUGAUUUUUCGAGAAAUGAUUUCAAUUUUUGUAUGAUAGUAACCCACUAAAGGUACCCACUGACCUGACUGAGCAUGUUCAGGUAUUAAUAAAUCAUGAUACAUAUAUAUUACAAAUGUAAUAAUAAUUACAUUUGUGGUAAUAAAUAUAUUACACGAGCAUUUCGCCACACUACAGUUUACGCCUUGAUGGUGGUGCUAAUGUAAUGUUUGAUUCCAUACUGUUAUAUUAAAUGCCAUUAUUAUAAAAAAUAAAAUAUUCAAAAUACCCUUAUAAUAUGUCUGCGUCAGUACGUUUUGAUUUGAUAGAAAUAAAACUACCAUAUCUACCAUAGAGCAUGGCAACACCAAAUCCAUAGCUUGUUUUUAUAAUUCUGUAUAUAAUAGCAAUAGCUAAUAAAUAACUAGUUUGGUCGACUUGUUAUUGCUAAAAAAAACGUAUGUAUUAAUUACGUUAAAACAUGUUAUUCUGAAAAAUGUAAUAGUGCCUAUAAUUUUGUAAUAACGGUUAUGUAUUCCAAUAACGGUAAUUACUUCUAUAAAUCUGUUUUUUUCUGAUAAUACGUUAAGAAAAUUGUAUUUCGCCACAAGAGUGCCUGUAGACAAAAGGCGGAAAUAUUAAUUUUUAAUAACGUUAUCGCUUUGCAGCGAAAUAUAAUGGUCGUUAUGUUUAUGAACGUAUAUAAGAAAUUAAGUAAUUCUGCUGCAAUUUUUUUUUAUAUCUCAUAGUUCCAAGAACCUUUUGUUUUUAUUACUUCGCAUAUUUUGAAAACAGUUUUAGUAUUUUUUUUUUUUUAUAAUAAAAAAGUGCGUAAAAUGAAAGUUUUUUUAAUUGAUUAUGUACUGUAAAUUUUUCAUAUAUUUUUUAUAUUAAAUUAAUAACUUUAGUAAAUAUACAUGCUGAAAUUAUGUCAAAUAAAAAAGAAAAACAAUUAUAACGGCCAAAGUAUCGUGCAACGCGGACUAUAGUUAGAUUUUAUAAUAAUAAAAUUAAUGAUCUGUUUGGUAUGUUAGCAAUUGAAAAUAAUUGGAAUUGUUUAUUAUUCUAAGACCUCGUUUUAUUAGUGAAAAAAAAGAACUGUGACAAAAUAUGAUCAUGGUACGUUAAAAAAUAACGUCACUAGCCGUUACAAUUAACCUAUCUUAUAUAGUUAAAAAAAACGUAGAACUUAACAGUUGUCUCGUCACUAUCAAUUAUUAAAGGGACAAAGCAAAGUUUUUAAUAUUUUUUUAUGAUAAGGAAUUGUUGCACUGUCAUUAUUAUAUGGGACCAUAUUUCAUGUCGGAUAAAUGUAGUUUAGCAGUUUCUCAUAACAAGUGUUACUGAUAAAAGUAAUCAUAUAUUUGAAUUCUUUAAUACGAUUCUAUAAUUAUGACAGUGUAAUAAACCUUUAUAAGGCGUAAGUAUACUGAUGAAGAUUUGUCGGAAAAGUGUGAGUUUUGAGUUCGAGUGAAAGUCAAAGGCUUUUAAGCGUGUUAAGUAUUCGCAUUAUUUCUUUAUGUUGUACGAUAUGUUUUUCUAUAGAUAUUUAAUAUUCACAGUGUAUAUAGUAGAUAGUACAAAAAUAUUAAAUGAAAACUAUUUAAAACAA